AUGAGCCAAGCACCACCUCGCCAAAAGACGACAGCUCCUGCCUCAAGUCAGAGCAGCGGAAACAUGACUGCUCGACGAAAGCAAGGAUCAAACUUGCAAUUUGAAGCGAUGAAAAGCACGGCUAUUCCAUCACUUUUUGAUAUAUGUGCUAAAUUAUUGCAAACUCAUGUCGAUAGUUUACCAAUUUUGGACAAUGUCGAGGAUGCUAUUAUACAGCGUAUUCUUUCAGCUUGUGAUGCUACAAAGCUUGAUGAAAUUGAAAGUAAGAACGAGCAAGCAGGCAUAGAAUUAAAUACCGAUGAUCUAUGGAGAAUUUUGACUAUACGAGAUUUUGGAGGAGCCUGUGCUGAUAAAGGUAAUGGCACUUGGAAAGAAUUGUACAAUAAGCUCAAUCAAGAGAAAAUGGCACGAGAAAAAAAACUUCGUGAAAUUAAGGAAUCGAACAAGGUUGAAAAAAAGGGAUCAAGAAUAAUUUCUGGAAGUAGCACUACAUCUACAGGAGUCAACAACAAAAAUGAUAAGCACACGACUCAAACCAUAGAUCCAGUUAUUUCUCGCAGAGCUGCAUCCAAUACAAUUAGAAAUAGUAGUGGUAGUAGAUCACGUUCUUCGUCCUCUUCAUCUUCUAGAAGUAGAAACACAUCAAAUACAGCAACAACAGCCCCAAAGAAGAGCAAACUCUGGACAAAAUCUUUGGGAGAGACAUCAACAUCACGUAAAACAAAAGAAUCCACUACUACAUCAGCACCUCAAAAAAUUUUCAAACCAGGAAAGCCUGCUUCAAUUGUGACAACAGAUUUUAAUGCAGACCGCUACAAAUCAAACUAUGCAAAGCCAUCUAUUGGAAAUUUAAGUACAACACACAUCCCACCUGUUGUCAUGAAACAACCAGUUUACAGGGCAGCAAGCAACAUUGAUUUCACAAGACAACGACCUUCAUCCCCUCCCACUUCGGAUUCAAUUGCCACCGACUCGCCAAUUGUGACACCUUCGUAUGUGGACAGCAUGUUUGGCAAGGAGACAUCAAAGAGAAUGGAAAAAUUGAAACGACAAACUGAAAAUGAUUCUGUCAGACGCCAACUGAAUGCCCCAUCAAAGAGCAAUUCGACCAGUACUGUACCAUCAAAACAACAGCGCCCACCUCCUUCUUCUCAUAAUUCUUCAUCUCUUGCACCUCCCCAAAAAAAGGUCAAACCAACAGAGCAAAGCUCGUCACACUCCAAUGUAGCCUCAGAUUCGUUCAACUUCACUAUUCCAAGGAAGAAAAAGUAA